AGUGACACAACACAAAAAAAGAAUUCGCAAAACAAAAUUUUUCACUUCAAGACAGAAGAAAGUAAACAUGAAACUUAUUCUACUAAUUAUUGUUUCACUAUCCCUGUUGGACUUGACACCAGGCAAGCCCGUCAAAGAACACGAGGGCGAAGGUGCUUCCAUUUCCGACAGUAAAUCCUCUGGCGAAGAUGAGUUGGAGACGUCUGUCGUGGAUGGUGAUGAUGAAGACGAGGAAGACGGAAGUACCACUGAAGAACCAAGAAUGAGGCAGAAGAGAAGUGAUAAUGCAGAGCUCCAAGAUGACGAAAGAAGUGGUGAUUUCAGUGGAGGUGACUUAGAAACUGAAGACAAAGAAGGCCAAGAUAGAAAAGAAGACAAAUCCUUGCCAAAAAGUGACCGUCCAAAGAAUAAAAACGAGCCAGACUCUAAAGAACUGCAAAUGCAAAACACGUUGGGAAUCCAACAACCUUUCACUAUCACUGCAAUGCAGCCAGGAAGGCCUCAAGACCCAUCUCAGCAGAUGAAAACACCCGAGCCGUUUUCUUUGAAUUUCGCCGGUCCCGCUGGCAAAAUAGAGAUAACCCCAUUUGAGCCUGCCAUCAACAGAAUGAAGAAGGUCAGGAGGAGAUGUAUGUGUCCAUUGCCUUGUGGACCAGCGCACGCAUAUGAAGUGAUUGGCUGCGGCGGACCUUACACCAUUCCUUGUGGUGGAUGUGUUGGUGGCGGUUGGCCUGGUCUGGGAUGCGGAGGCUUCGGCGGCUGCGGUGGCCUGGGUGGCGUUUAUGACAUGAUACCUCAUCCAGGUUGGGGAGGCUACCCCUUAUAUGGAGGAUAUGGAGGUGGAUUUGGGUGUGGAGGGUGUGGCGGGUGCGGGGGUUGCGGUGGUUGCGGUGGUUGCGGUGGUUGCGGUGGCUUUGGCUGGGGAGGGGGCUGUAGACAUCCACCGAUAGUGAUGUGCUGUUGCAAGAACGGUAAGGAGUCGGAAGGGGAAAAGCCGAAGCCAGAAAGAGACAGUCCCACCGUUUUUCCAGCAGCCAAGCCAAGAUACGUCAGGAAAGACAAGCCCGGCCGUCCAUGAGGCACGCAGUAAAUCAAAAUAACUACUAACAUGCAACGAAAAAAAAACAAUUGUAAAUACGAAGAAAGUGCAUUUUGUAAAAAGAUUUGGACUGGACUCUUACAGCCUGGUUU